AAUAGUGACGACGAGGCUGCUGAAGUUGACGACGACAAAGCUGGCGAGGACGCGGAACCGCCAAGGGCCGAUCUCACCACAGACGAGGCAGCAGGUAAUGAGGGUAUGUAUCUUCAUCCGGAGCACUCGGCAGCGAAACUGAAUGGAUUCAAACAGUGUCAUCGUUGCCAAGAAACCAAGACUGGCACUCGCUUUGUGACGAGUGGUUACUACGAGCAGCCUGAUGGAGACUACGGAGCCUUCCAGUUUUGUCCGUCUUGCGAGGAAACCAUCAUCAAAUCAUACGAUGGCAAAGCCCUUCCCAUUGUUUAUGCAUUUCUCCUAAAAGUCACACUUCCCGAAGUCCACCACGGCAGUGGCGAUAAUGCGACUGUGGCCACUGAAGAGGAGCCAGACAACCAAGCAGAAAAUCAGGAGGACGAGGUUACUCGGAAACUUCGAAGUUUAGACGAACGACUUGGUGCGCUAGAAGGGAAACUCGAUCAUAUUUUGUCAAUUCUUGCCGCAACGCAUGUUGGCACCACAAGCCUUGACCAAACCCAAGCAUCUCAGCCCCAGGAUGACCAGGCAUGAUGGAGAUAGGGUUUCGGGACGCCCGGAAAGGCGCCCUCGGACCUUUCAGCAUGUAGUCUUGUCACGCAGAUAAUUGUACUUCGGCUUGGUGUUACACAUUCUGCUACGUUUAUGUGGCUCUGAACCGAACCGAACCGAACUACGGCACCCCUAGCUAGCACAGCCAUGGGUGGGUGAGGGUGGCAACCUGCGAUUGCCGACCCCCAUUCAGGGGCUUGGGAUUUUUUAGGGGAUAGCACAUGAUAACACAGCUUGUGCAUUAUUGCGGUGCAG